AUAUUCGAGCAGGGCACCGACGAGGUUCAGUCAGCCUUCAAAUUUGCGAUGUUCAACCACAACCAAAACACCACCACUCGGAAGUUUGAGUUGCAGGCUUUCGUAGACGUAAUUAAUACCGCGGAUGCUUACAAGCUAUCCCGCCUUAUCUGCAAUCAAUUCAGCAGAGGAGUAUUUUCCAUGCUUGGCGCUGUCAGUCCAGAUUCGUUCGACACCCUCCAUUCGUACAGCAACACAUUCCAGAUGCCUUUCGUGACGCCCUGGUUUCCCGAGAAGGUUCUGACGCCGUCCUCCGGUCUCCUGGAUUUCGCCAUAAGCAUGCGUCCGGAUUAUCAUCGCGCCAUCAUCGACACGGUGCGAUACUACGGCUGGAAGAAAAUCAUCUACCUCUACGACUCCCACGACGGUCUGCUUAGGCUACAGCAGAUCUAUCAGGGUCUGAAACCGGGGAACGAGUCGUUUCAGGUGGAAACCGUCAAACGGAUACAGAACAUGUCCGAGGCGAUCGAUUUCUUGCGUAGCUUGGAAGAACUUAAUAGAUGGAGCAAUAAGUACGUGGUACUCGACUGUCCCACGGACAUGGCGAAGGAUAUCGUGGUGAGCCACGUGAGGGAUGUCGCGCUCGGAAAAAGAACGUAUCACUAUUUAUUGAGUGGCCUGAUAAUGGACGACCGAUGGGAGAGCGAGGUGAUCGAAUACGGGGCCAUCAACAUCACCGGUUUUCGCAUCGUGGACGCCACUCGACCCUACGUCAAAGACUUCCUGGCCGGCUGGCAUCGUCUCGAUCCGGCGACGUCUCAAGGAGCCGGCCGCGAAUCUAUUUCCGCACAAGCGGCGCUGAUGUACGACGCCGUAUUCGUUCUCGUCGAGGCGUUCAACAAGUUUCUGAGAAAAAAGCCGGACAGAAGCAACGUAAGACGGACUGGAAUCCCUGGAAGCAGCCAGAUUACGAACGGUACACGGGCCCUGGAUUGCAAUAAUAGUCGUGGCUGGGUAACGCCGUUCGAAUAUGGCGACAAAAUUUCGAAAUUCCUCAGAAAGGUCGAAAUCGAGGGAUUAACCGGAGAGAUCCGCUUCAACGAUGACGGUCGCCGGCACAAUUACACCCUCCAUGUCGUUGAGAUGACGGUCAACAGUGCCAUGGUUAAAGUUGCAGAAUGGACAGACGAAGCCGGGUUUCAAGCGAUCGCCGCGAAAUACAUUCGACUACGACCGCACGCGGAGAUCGAGAAGAACAAGACCUACAUUGUCACCACCAUCGUGGAAGAACCGUACAUCAUGAAGAAAAAAUCAGAAACAGAGGAAGUGCUUGUCGGCAACGAUAGUUACGAGGGAUACUGCAAAGAUCUGGCUGAUCUGAUAGCAAAGAAGCUGGGAAUAACGUACGAGCUGCGUAUCGUGAAAGAUGGCAAAUACGGCAUGGAAAACGCGGACGUUCCUGGUGGCUGGGACGGAAUGGUCGGGGAACUGAUCCGCAAAGAAGCAGACAUCGCCAUUGCUCCUAUGACAAUCACAUCCGAACGCGAACGAGUGAUCGACUUUAGCAAGCCCUUCAUGUCCCUUGGCAUAAGCAUCAUGAUAAAAAAGCCGAUGAAACAGAAGCCUGGUGUAUUCAGCUUUUUAAAUCCUUUAAGCAAGGAGAUAUGGGUGUGCGUGAUCUUUUCAUACAUCGGCGUCUCCAUUGUACUAUUUACCGUGUCCAGAUUUUCCCCAUAUGAAUGGAGGGUGUUAACGCUUAGUAGUGGCGGCGAUCCUACAGUGUCCGCAAGAAGUGACUCCACGUUACAGCAUCCUCAUGGAUCCCAAGGAUCGCCGCACCUACCAACCUCCAGUAUGGCGAACGAUUUCAGUAUUAUCAACAGCCUGUGGUUCGCUCUGGCAGCUUUCAUGCAGCAGGGCUGCGACAUAUCGCCCAGAUCAAUAUCGGGAAGAAUAGUUGGCAGCGUCUGGUGGUUCUUCACUCUUAUAUUAAUCUCCUCUUACACCGCGAACUUGGCCGCAUUUUUGACCGUCGAAAGAAUGGUCGCGCCGAUCAACUCGCCGGAGGAUCUCGCCUCCCAAACGGAAGUGCAAUACGGCACGCUGUCUCACGGAUCUACAUGGGACUUUUUUCGCAAAUCGCAAAUCAACCUGUACAGCAAAAUGUGGGAGUUCAUGAACUCGCGGAAACAUGUGUUCGUCAAAACGUACGACGAAGGUAUACGAAGAGUGAGAACAAGUAAAGGUAAAUACGCUCUUCUGAUUGAGAGUCCGAAGAACGAGUAUAUAAACGAGAGAGAGCCCUGCGACACUAUGAAAGUCGGCAGGAAUCUCGAUGCCAAGGGUUUCGGCGUCGCUACGCCUCUGGGAUCUCCCCUCAGAGACCCAAUAAAUCUAGCGGUAUUAUCGCUAAAGGAGAACGGGGAAUUAACGAAGCUGGUGAACCGAUGGUGGUACGACAGAACCGAAUGCAGGCACGGUGACAAACAGGAUGCCUCCAGGAACGAAUUGUCCCUCAGCAACGUGGCGGGGAUAUUCUACAUCCUCAUUGGAGGCCUCCUGUUAGCGUUGACUGUUGCACUACUGGAAUUCUGCUAUAAAUCUCACACGGAAGCUACCAGAGCGAAGAUACCACUAUCAGACGCGAUGAAAGCGAAAGCCCGACUAACGAUUGGCGGUGGUCGAGAUUUCGACAAUGGCCGGUACUACGCUCCGGCAAACACGAUUGGCAACACCGAGGGCGACCAGGUACACAGCAAUACGCAUACCCAGGUGUAAAUUACUUGGAUUCGCCCGGCGAGUCGCCCGCCAUUUCCCUGCCCGCACCACCACCA